AAUAAUGGGCUUUUGACAAUCCCAGUCUGUUUAUCAGUUUCUGCAUAUUCAUAAGCUAAUUUAGGUUCAGAGUUAACCAUGGGGCUGAUUUCUUGUUUCCCUUAAUAUUAAAGAACUAAGCUGAAUCAUGUUCCGGCUUCUGACCUCCUGCUGGUCUCAUCUAAAGACAACUGAAGAGACCCAAAGACAUGUAGCCAUCAUCAUCAUUGGACUGGACAACUCAGGCAAAACUGUUCUUGUGGAGGCAUUCCAGAGAGAACUGCCUAGUAGGAGUAAGAUGGACAGUUGUUCAAACUCUGAACUAACCACACUCCUGGUGGAUAAUUAUGAAGUUUCCGUCUAUGACCUGAAAGGAGACAUGCAGGGCCGCGAAAUCUGGCCAAACUACUAUGCUCAGGCACAUGGGCUUGUUUUUGUCCUGGAUUCCAGCGACUGGGAGCGCAUGCAGGAAGUGAAGGUCCUCUUACCCAACCUGCUGUCUGAUGAAAGAGUGGCUGGGAAACCCAUCCUACUCCUGGCCAAUAAGCAGGAUAAGACGGGUGCCCUGCCGCCUGGUGAUAUCAUUGACUAUCUGCUGCUGGAGAGACUAAUGAAUGAGAACAAGUCUCCGUGCCGAGUGGAACCUUGUUCAGUCAUCAAAGACCUCCAAAGAAGGAGCCAUCAACCUAUAGUUGAUGGCCUGCACUGGCUGUUAUCUGCCAUUCGAGAGAAAUAUGAAGAGCUGUGUACUCACCAACAGCCACUGCCACCAACCAUUGCAGCCUCCAGAGGCACUAGAGGAUUUGAGGAAAGAUCCCUAGCAGACAGCUUUGCUACCCAGAUGGGAAUGUCCAAAGAAAAUAGACAGCAUGUAGGACAACACUCAAUGGAACCUAAGCCUCUGAAGUCAAUCCUGCUAGUAAGUGGCUCAUUAAAUGUUAUUGCCUCAGGGACCAAUCUCUGAACUCUUUGAGCACCAAUUGACUUUCUCUUCCAUCUUCCUGUUAUACAGAAAGAAGGUGUCAGAAUAAGACCCAAGAAGAACGUAUCAGUAACCUUUGCUUUAGAUGAACCCAUGGAGGAAGGUGAAUAUUCUGGGGGAAAUGGAUCUCAUAUCACCGCUGGAAUGCAUAACACCACUGGAACUCAUAACACUGCUGGAGCUGGUAACACUGCUGGAGCUCGUCACACCGCUGGGGCUCAUAUCACCGCUGGAGCUCGUAACACCCCCGAGCUUCGCUAUGCUCCAAGUGAUGACUUUCAGCCCCCAGCCCCAUACACUGAGGACGAUCUUUUUGAAGGUAAGGCUGGAUCAUUGAUUAGUUAGGGUAGGAAAGAUAUAAAGGCCUUUCCUCACAAUUUAAAGUGGGGAGUUUUGAGCCCAAAACUCUUUUUUCAUGCUAUGGUUGGUGAUCAGGAGAGAAGCAGAUGAAGUGCUUGGAGAGUACCAUCUGGCAGCCCAGUACGAUGCUCCAAGAUCUUUGUUUGGAUGGCUGUAGGGUUAUCUUAAAGGUUAUGAUUUCCACUGGUAGAAGUACAAAUUGGUACAAUCUUUAGAGUAGUUUGGUUGUCUGUCUCCUUCCUACUCUCCAUCUCUCUCUGUACAUGUGUGUGUGUGUGUGCGCGCAUGUGUGUACACGUGCACAUGCUCAGUUAUGUCCAACUCUUUGCAACCCCAUGGACUGUAACCUGCAAGGCUCCUCUGUCUAUGGGAUUUCCCAGGCAAGAAUACUGGCAUGGGUAGCCAUUUCCUACUCCAGGGGAUUUUCCCGACCCAAGGAUUGAACCUGUGUCUCUUGUUCCAUACACACACACACAU